AUGACCACCCUCACCCUCUCUAACGGUCUGCACGCCGAGGACCCGCUCGUCAAUGGGGUCAAUGGCACUCGCACACCAAGGUCUCGUCCUAUCAAUGUCUUGAAGUUUGGUGGGACUAGCGUUGGGAAAUUCCCUUUGGAUAUUGUCAAUGUCGUCAAAUCUUGUUCCUCUGACACCGAAGUCGCAAUAGUCUGCUCAGCAAGAUCUAGCAGCACCAAAGCCGCUGGCACGACGAACCGUCUGUUGCGAGCAGCUACCGAGGCAGAAAACCACCGAUCCCAAGAUUUCAAACGGUUGAUCCAAGACGUUCGGCUCGAUCACUUGGGGGCUGCUGAAACUUACAUACAGUCCGAGAAAAUACGGUCGCAGUUACGGACACAAUUUGAAGAUGAGUGUUCGUUGGUGGAGCGAAUACUGGAGGCUGCCCAGACUCUGGGCGAGACGAGUCCAAGAUCUAGAGACAAAGUCAUGAGUACGGGAGAAAAGCUCAGCUGUCGUUUCAUGGCAGCGUUGCUGCAGGACCGAGGUAUUGACGCUGAAUACGUUGACCUGGCGGACGUGAUUGACUUCCGAGUCUCCCACGGUCUGGAUCAGCAAUUCUACGACAACAUGGCAUCGGGGUUGGCAAAACGGCUCCAAAACAUUCCUCCUGGCGUCGUGCCCGUGAUUACAGGAUACUUUGGAGCCAUCCCGAGAGGUCUGUUGACGACGGUUGGUCGAGGAUAUACAGACCUGUGCGCUGCGCUGGUUGCCGUCGGCAUUGGAGCCAACGAGCUCCAAAUAUGGAAAGAAGUGGAUGGUAUCUUCACGGCUGAUCCGCGCAAAGUCCCAACGGCGCAAUUGAUUCCUCGGAUCAGCCCAGCAGAGGCUGCUGAACUCACAUUCUACGGCUCCGAGGUCAUUCAUCCUUCCACCAUGGACCAGGUCAUCCGAGCCCGGAUACCCAUACGUAUCAAAAAUGUGAUGAAUCCGCGAGGAGGUGGUACCAUCAUCUAUCCAGAUUCUCCGUCAGAGCUGGCCUCGACGCUGUCAGGACACGACCCCAAGCUUUUCCGAUCGAGGAGCCCCAGCUACCUGACGGAGAGUGAGAAGCCGAAACGCCCGACCGCAAUUACCAUGAAGCACAAGAUCUUGGUCAUGAAUAUCCACUCCAAUAAACGAGCAUUGUCUCAUGGGUUCUUUGCGGGAAUUUUUGCAACCUUGGACAAGUGGCGGCUGUCAGUCGAUGUCAUUUCCACCAGUGAGGUGAACAUGUCUAUGGCCUUGCAUUCGGAAGCGCCCCUCUACACGGGAGGAGGCGACGACGAAUACCAAAUCGUGGAUCAGGACCUUCGGGGAGCCAUUGAGGAAUUGCAAAACUUUGGAACCGUCGACAUCAUUCCAGAAAUGGCAAUUGUCAGCCUUGUGGGGAAGCAGAUGAAGAACAUGAUCGGCAUUGCUGGAAAGAUGUUCUCGACACUCGGUUCAAAUAAUGUAAACAUCGAAAUGAUCUCGCAAGGAGCUAGUGAGAUCAACAUCUCUUGUGUGAUUGCGGAGCGGGAUGCCGAUCGAGCCUUAAACAUCUUGCACACCAACUUGUUUACAUUCCUCGAACCCUGA